GUAGCAUCAUACGGGAGUCUGAGAGCUCACCCAGGCGUCUGACACGAAGCGACAGCCGACCAGGGACAUUGAAGAGGAGACCUGACAGCCUGCUUAUGGGGACCCGUUUUGAAGAUGUGGACUGAAGAAUCCUUCCGAUGUGCUGAAGUUGUGACAGAGAAGGCUGGGAAAGUGCAUUCAGCUCCAAGGGAAUUAUGUUGAAAGCGAAUACUUGUAAUUUGGAUUUGAAAUGUCUUUUGUGACACCAGUACUGAAACUUGCGACAUGCAAAGUAUAUAACCUGGUUGGCCACAUAAUUGGGUACACCUAUUCACCCUAAUGCGGUGUUGCUUAACCUUAAUUGAUCCGAGGCACAUAUUCUACAUUAGAAAAAUCUCACAGCAGUCCACGAAAAGAAUGUCAUAAAAGUUUAUAUUCUGAAAUAACAAUGAUGGUCUCGUGUCACUUUACUCACAAAUCACUCGGAUAAUCAUUUGCAGACCAAUGAAGUGGAAAUGGAUCAUUUCCUACAGCCCACUAAUGUGCUACGGCCCCGUGAUAGGGUAAAUUUCCUCGAGCAGUGAUUCGCAAUCACCGCCAGUAAAAUUGAACUGGGUAUACUUGACGGAUAGGUGACGCUUAAUGUGAGUUUGGCAGCAAAGUUUGAUGGUUCGCCAUGAAUGAAGAAAAUCUUAAGUCGCCUCCACGUGCUUGGAUCUUGCCUAAAUGUGAUGUUUAUGAAGAAGUUGCAGCAACGGUUGGUUUACAACUUGCACCUGUUUCAUUCAACCAUGUAGGGAGCCUUGUUUUCACCAGUGCCUCUGAGGUUGGAUUAGGUCCCACAGAUUAAUUGUACCUUCUACCAUUAGUUGAGUAGCAUUUCAUUAGCUUAGAAAGAUGAACAAAAACAAUAUUUUUAGUAACUAAGAAUUUUUGAACCAAUUAAGUGAAAUUGGAUAAUGUCCCUCGACACACAGCUUUCACGGCACAGUGGUUGGGAAUCACUUUGUCUAAUGAGACCUCAUGCAAGAGCUGCACUGUCUGACAGUGUCAAUUAAAAAAUACAGAAGGCAUCAUUUUCUGAGAAUACGCUUUUAUUGGAUGUGUUUAUGCAGUUAUGUUUAAUAUUUUGUCAAGAGUAAUCGUAUUUUUCUACUCUCAAGAUUGUGAACACUUCAUUUCAAUCAUUGUCUUACAGAGUAAUUAAGAUACUAAUACUACUUUAAAACAAAUUGUGUUGAUGCUUUGGGGUACCAAUAGCAAUGGUAGUGCAGUGGGACAAAAAAAGCAAAAUUUAGUUUGGUGUAAGCUUAAUUUAGUUAGUACAAUUCAAAAACCGAAACUCCUAGAUAUACACUACACAUUUAGAGUGAAAAGUUUCAUAAUUGUUUCUAAUGUGUAUAAUUUUGACAAUUACAGCUGACAGCAAGGAAAACCUCAAAUUCACCAUCCCUAGAAACUAGAAUAUUAUGUAACAAAGAAUCAAGAAACACUGAAAAUGAUUUUUUUAAUGUAAAGAUUAGGCAGGAAUUUGCCCUCUGAAAAGUAUGUGUUUAAUGAAUCUAUAUAUAGUAUGAGUACUGAAAUAAUUGAACUUUUCUGCCAUAUUUUAAUUCAUCGAGAUGUACCAGCAAAUUACAAGUUAUUAUACAAGUUGGUUAAUUAAAAGGCCUACAAGUUAAUUUGACCAGUAUGCUAUCAUAAAUAUGUGGUCUAAUAACCAACAGUUACUAAAGAUGUAAUGUAGAUUGUAAUGCCGACUGUUUGAGCAUGGACAUUGAUUCCUCAAGAGUAAGAAUACUGAAUGUGUCAGUUUUACUGUUUUGACUGCUUUUGUUUGCUGUUUGGGUGUUCUAAAAUGUCGGAACCGUCUGAUUAUAAGGCCAAAAGUGGAAAGAGGUGUUGCUUCUGGACCAACAGACACACACAAGUUGUCAUUUCAGAUAACCUUCAAUGUAACUGUGGAAGCCGAGUUGUCUGAUUUUGGUGCACUUUGUGAUGUUUGUUUGAUAUAAUUAAUUUACUUAAAAUGUUUUACCUUUCAGCAAUCUGACCAGGACCUCUCAAUGGGACUUCCAGAAAUGCUGGAGCUGCAAGCCAGCUACGACGAGGCGGUGCACGAGCUGCGUGGGCUGGAGGUGGAGCGUGAGGCUCUGUUGUUCCAGGUGGACGUCCUGCAGGACACGCUGGAGGGUGUGGAGGAGCUGCUGGCCGAGACCCAGAGAGAGGCCGGACAGGCUAAUGCGGAGCUGGAGCAAGAGCGGGGGGCCAAGAGGAAACUGGAGCAUUUGGUCCGCUCUCUGAUGCAGGAAGUGGAGACAUUAAAAGAGGAAAGAAAUAGCUGCAUGCAUAUAUCAGGACACACAAAUGAAAGUGAAGUGGAUGCAGAGAGACGAGGAUGUCAAAUGAACGAUCCUGCCAAGGUAGCCACACAGUCUACCUUUGCCAGUGAAGCGACUGCUCCGUCAGAGGAUGUGUGUCCAGCUAAGGGAGAUGAAGGGAGCCUUGUGACCAAAGUGAAGUGGAUGACCAAUCCCGCGCCCUCCUUCGCACUGGACGAUCUGCUCCAUGAAGACGGGGUGCACCGCAGGCCUUACAAUAGCGGCAACAAAGGCGGACGAGACUUGUCCCCGGACAAGAGCGACUCGGACACCGCAAGUACGUACGAAGACGCGUCUGCGGACACUCCCGAGCAGGACGUCCCUUUGGAGUUGCCUCGUGACUCGGCAAGUAAAGACAACACCGACUCCCAGGAGCCUCAAAACGGCCGUAACUGCAUUGUGUCUUAAUUUAUUCAGAAACCACCACACCCCCUUUUUCAAAGCUCUCAGGUGGUUCACAAGCUGAUUAUUUGCCAAUCAUUCUUUACUACGUGUCUUACUAUUGUAUUUUAUACGCUUUCAAGAAGUGUUUAUUAGCUGCUUCUUGAACAAGAAAGUUUAUUUCUAUACCGCGAAACCACCGUAAGCCCCAUAUAUACACUGUCUACAGUACAUUCUCAUCAAUGUGGCUGCCGUUUGUGCUUAUAUUGUUUUUGGGAGACUACGGAUGGUCUUUGAUGCUUGUAUUCAGUGAGUUAUACUAAAAGAAGAACCACUAUUUAUUCACUGCCUGACUGAGUGACUUUAAAGGAUAAAUGGUUGUAUUUUUGUCUUUUGUAUUUUCCGGGAAAUUGGCUGCAUUUGCACUUUUUUCGCAGCUUUGUGCUUUGAAAACAUUCCCUUUAGAACCAAACAGUCCUCUGUCUGCAUGGAAAGACUGCAUGGUUGCACAAUUUGUAGUCCCAACUUUUUUUCUUUUUAAGGAAAGUUAUCAUUUUUCUUUUUACAGCCAUCGGGAGCUGUUGAUCGCAUGAACAUCCGUCAUUUUUAUUUCCACGUGGCACAUAAUCCUUAUACCAUUUUAUCAUGAACUACAAUGAACACGUCAAUUCUUUACAAUGAUUCAUGCUAAUGCAAUUAAUAUGUUCAUCCUCUUGUGGGUGUUGAGCAUUUCUAAUGAUUUGUAUAUGCAGUCUGCCAGCAUGACUUUUUGUCCUAAUACUUGAUUAGCUGCAGUGUUUUCCCACACAAAGCUCUGAUGGCUGUCUACUUAAAUCACUGGCAUCGUGUUGCUGUAGUAGGGCAUUCUCAAACAAGUUCGUUUGUAUUACACAAUCCAAGUUCAUGUUAUGAGGGACUCUGACCGAGGAUGUUGUUUUGCUGUAAAGUACUCGACUUUCAAAUAGUUCUUUUGUUUCCUCAACAUGUUCUUUUCCUCUUAAGUAAUCUGUGCUUUUUUCAAGAAGAGAAUGCAAAAAAAUAUAUAAUUGUCAAUUUUUUGUAUCUGAAUAAUUUUUAAUUCUGAAGUAAAUGUUAAGCUGUAGAACAUGACCGAUUUGUUGAUACUGAAUGAACAUUUUGGAAUAAAAGGACUUA